CUCAUUGUGAAAUCCAUGUGUAUCGACUAUCGAGUUGUUGACGGUUGUUUUCUCGGCUAACCUGGAAUCUAACAGGCCAAAAAAAUAAGCAAGAUGAAAAGUAAACCAAAGGAAAUCGUUAUCCUGGCAGCCCAGGAGAUAUCCUUCGCCAGGGCUUUGGCCAGCAACGACACGAACAUGAGAGAAAGAGCUCUAAAAAAACUCAAGAAAUGGCUAACCUCACGGUCGGAAAGAAAACAGGAAUUCACCGAAGAAGGAUUUAUGAGAAUAUGCAAAGGUCUCUUUUACUGCAUUUAUAUGUCUGAUAAGCCUCUUCCUCAAGAAGAUUGUGUCGAGGCUGUAAGCCAUUUGGUUCACUGUUUUAAAACAUUUGACGAAUCGCUCAUGUUUAUAAGAUGCUUUUUCCAGUCCGUAUCGCACAGUUGGUUUGGCCUUGAUGGCCACCGAAUGGACAAAUAUUUAAUGUUGGUCCGUCGAUUUUUAAGACAGACAUUUGAAUGUGUGUACAAGUUAGACUGGGAGAAAGAAAAAGUGGAAAGACUGUCGAAAGAAUUGUCGACUUCUUUUUCUAUGGCACCUCUAGGCUUGUUACUUCAUCUCACCGACAUCUACAUGGAAGAAUUGGCAAAGGUUGGAAGGGGGGAAUUGAAACCAGAAACUACCUUAGAAUUGAUAAAACCAUUUGUUGAAGUCAUGUCUAAGAGUACUGACAGCAGACUUCUACUUCAAAUAACAAAUAACAUAUUUUUAUAUCUGUUACGUCAAUCAGAAGAAGGGGUAAAACACUCCAUAAAAUUCCAAGCAUGGAAGCAGCUCGGUUUUCCUGGAGGGGAUAUCGACUUGAUGGAAGAAGUAGAACAAGAUUCUGAUCAAGAAAUGGAACAAGAUAUCGAGGAAAGGCAAACUGCGCUCGAUGCCAGGGCUGGCAAUGUCGAUGUAGAACUGCCAGAAAUUGCUUUUGAUGUCCGGUCAAUUGCAAAUUAUCUCAAUAGUAUAAAACAGAACAAAGGCAUCACUACAAAAUUUAGAAAGCAGAUAAAUCACAUUGUGAACAAAUAUUCAAAGUUUUCAUCAGGAAAGUAUCCGCUUGGACUUCACAAAUAUGAACUUGUUGAGAAUGAUGAUGACGAUGAAAUAGUUGAGGAAGCAGCUGAAAAGCUACUACAGUUCGAAGACGAGAGUAUAGAUAGUUUCAAGAGGAAUAAAAAAAGACAGAAAGCCAGUGAAUGGGAGGUGUCAUUGAUGGAGACAGAAAUUGAAGUGCCUAGUGAACCGCCAUCAUUGAAUGGUAGCUGGGUGGUAAGCGAUUCCCUUAACAAAGAAGAAAGGAAAGUUUCUAAAAAAACACAAAAAAGCAUAAAAGUUACAGAAGAUUCUAGCUUAUUAAAAAAAGACCAAGCAGUGGUUGAAAAUGGUUUAAAAAAUGAAGAAUCGUCUAGUAAAAGAGCAAAGAAAAAGAGAGGAAAUUCUCAAAAUUCAAACGAUAAAAUGGACAAGACAAAUGAUUGGGGUGACUGUUCCUGGGAUUUUCCAACUGAGAAUGAGUCCGAAAUAGUAAUUCAGCCCAAAAGGAAAAAACAAGCCCAAACAAAGACUCCCAAAACACCAAAUUCUAUGAAAAUAUUGACUACAAACGUGACUUCUUUAAAGGAAAUGACUCCUGGAAGUGCGAAAAAAGUGGAAUUUGUUCUAAAUAAAAAUACAUCUCAAGAGGAAAGAGAAUACAUGAAAACAAUCAAGAAGAAACCAUCAAUACCUUUUGACGCAAAUAAGAAGCCGACCCAAGGUGUUUUGAAAUCCACACCAUAUCAAAGUCCAGUGAACCCUUUCUACAAAUUUUAUAAAACUAAGACAAAAAGUUAAAGUCAAAAAGCAAUAAUAUAUUAUGAAUUUGUAUCCAACUGUACAAAUAAAUUUAUUUUAACUUCUAUGA